AUGGCUCUGGUGGCCCAUCGGAUGAUGUUGCCUGCGCGGCAUCGACGCAACACCACCCAGCAGGUGGCCCGCAACAAGGUGGGCGUCCUCCUGGUUCCAAGUGUGGCGGAUUAUUACGGCGGCGAGAUGCCACCGCCUUUGGCCACGCCCACGCCCACUCCGGCCGCCUCCCAGUUGCACCUGCAACAGGAUCCAGCAGAAACAGCCACCGAUAGCAGCAAUGCAAAAGUGAGUGCAACAAGUCGGUGCAAUGGCCCAAAUGCAGUUGGCUUUGCUUGCGAAAGCAAAAUUAAGGAAUUUCCUGAUGGGAUUUCCCCCAAAAAUCAGCUCUGCUUUUCAUUUUUCCAUUACCCUCGGUUAUGCUAUUUGCCUCUUUUUCUGGGCUUCGACUGGCGCCAACUUUAUGCCGCUCAAUGUGUGCUAUGUGAGGCAUAG